GCCUGAGUCUGACGACUCUGACGUAAAAAGUCGGUUAAAACUUAAAAGAGUAUUCAAUUCGUCUGAGGUAUUCAACAUUAAAUUCAAUUCAACAUCCAAGUUGGGUUCUCUUAAAUAUUAUCAAAAAUAAUUUUCAAAUAAAGUAGGAGAUUGAGGAUUCCAAGAAUGAAUCGAAUAUAAAUUGCAGUGGAACACAGCAAUGAUUUGAACAUAAUUAUUAUUAUUCACCAUUGUGGCCAAGUGAUACUUUAUAAUUUCCAUUUGUCAGGUGCAAGCAAGCUGAUUCAGGAUAAAGGAUAUAUUACAGUUGAAUUGAAGGGACUUUGAAAGAUGCCGCGGACGAAAGUUUCAAGAAAGGUGAUAACCAAACCUGAUAACGAUGUAGAAAUAAAACAAAUCAAACUAAAAUGCCAGAAGUUGAUCGAGAACAAAGUGAAGAAAGCUCUGAUUCCUAUUACAAAGAAAGAAUACCAUGAUCAUGUCAAUCAUGAUUUGAUUGAAGAACGAAUGAAUGUUCCAACGAAAUGUUUGAAGCUGUCAAUGACUGAAAUGAAAAGGAUUGCAUCAUUCAAGUCGUAUGAGACUACUUCGGCAAUGAGUUACAUUGUCAAAGAAGAUGCCAUGAAACUAGCGAACAGUACAAAAAGUAAUAGGAACAUUUAUAAAAGUUCCUCUUCUACAGAUGAUGGAUACCUCACUACAGAGAGCUCAUCGUCACGAUACUCUAGAAGCACAACCAAAGGGCCAAGGAGUACGAGAGCUACAAGGUCCCUUUCUAGGAGCAACCAUAAAAACUCCGUGAAGCCAACAUCGGUUAUGAAACAUUCUGAAAUGGAAACUCCUGCUAAUAAGCGGACCCCGCCAAACAGUUAUGGUACUAUUACACCAAAGUGCAAACCAAACACACCUCUUGUAAUUUUGAGACGUCCGAAAAUGGGUGAAACGGCAUUAUCUAUGCAAGGUAGUCCACUUUUAACAUCUUCAAUAGCCACGGAAGAACAGGCAAACAUAAACAUUCCCCUUGGCGAUGGAACAAUGCUGAGUCUACUGCCACAAAAAGGCCUCAGGAUGUCCCAGAUACCACAGUUCGACUCCAACACUUUGAAGCAGUUGUCCAGUUUGAGCGAGAAUCUCAAGAAGGUUGUUGAGGUUACCGAAAAGAAAUAUGGCUUGAAUUUUGAUUGAAAUUGUAUUUUUUAAUUUUUUUUUAUGAAUAUCAAGAUGAGGAUUACAUAAUAAAUGGCUUUUUUGAUAC